AUGUCUCGCACAGCAGCGCCAACCGGCGCGAAGACGCGCCUCAUGAGCGAGAUGAGGGCGCUACGGAAGGAGACUUGGAUUCAUUUUGAAGAUGAUGACGAAGACAACAACAUCCUCAAGUGGCAUUUCGCCCUUAUGGUCAUCAAUUCCGACAGCCCUUUCAACGGCGGCUAUUUCAAGGCCGAGAUGAUCUUCACCGACGAGUACCCGUACCAACCGCCCAAGUUCCGCUUCCUAAUUCCUAUUACCCACCCCAACAUCUAUCCCGACGGCCAGCUCUGCAUCUCGAUCCUGCACAAGCCCGGGGAGGACAUUACAUCGGGCGAAGAGGCGAGCGAGAGGUGGUCGCCGCUCCAGGGUGCCGAGAGCGUACUCCGCUCCGUGCUGCUGCUGCUCGACGACCCCGAGAUCAACUCCCCCGCCAACGUCGACGCCGGCGUCAUGUACCGCGACCGCCGCAGCGAAUACCUCGAAAAAGCCACCGAGACUGUCGCGCGGUCCAAGAAGGACGUCCCUGCCGAUUUUGAGAUGCCCACGAGCUUCGUUGAAGCGCCUCCGCCGAAGCAAGACGACGAUGCGGAUUUCUGGGCCGGAAGCUCGGACGAAGAGUUUGACUUCGGAGGAAGUGAUACUGGGGAGGACGACGAGAUGGAGUUUGACGACGAUGAAGGGGAGGCUGAGGGCAGCGACGAGGAUGAGGAUGACAAGUGA